UGGGUCGUCAUCGUCAAUCGCCACUCAGACGAUGACGAGAGGCGGAGCCACGACCCCGACAUCGGCCCCGACAUCGGCCCCGACACCGACCCCUACACCGAUCCCGAUUCUGACAAUGAAACCGAUAGCGACAACAACAACAACGAAGCCGACAACGACCCCGGUCAUGACAACGCCCUCUGCUGCUCCGAAGAUGAAGCCCCCCUUGGUGUGCCACAUGAUGUCUCCGCUGUACCUGACAGACAACUAUGAGAAGGGAAAGGUUGUCAACAGUCUGGUGCCUUAUCCGCAAAUGUGCGACUACAUCUUGUUCGAUAUUCCGCAGGAGGCGGAUGGGAAGUACGACCGCACCGCCUACGAACACCUUGGACAAUAUGCCACCUUGUCUAAGUACAUGUUCAGCGUCAACGUCUACGAUACCGUCGUGUCUUCUCUCACGACGACUCUCGACAAAACCACGCUGACGGACACUGCACGGGACAUACUGCAAACAGUACCGCUGCGCGGCUUUGGAAUCCUCGGCGAAGUGAGCCAUCUAAACGCGUCGGCGUAUAGCCCCGACAUUCUGACGAACCACGCUGGGAUUCUUAACUUUGUCUACGCGCGGUUCACCGAAGUCAUGACAGGUCUUGGCAUUGCCAAAAGCGAAGUUGCCAACUUCUUCGCCUUCCGACCACUCCAUCUGGCCUCAAGGUCACGGUCUUAUCGAGCAAUCUUGGAAGGCCUUAACACCAUUUCCACUGGUUACCUCCGCUUCGUGAUGCUCCUGACCAUCACGAGUACGACGACCCCGUUUGUCCAGCCGUCUUCUGCGUGGGACAAGCUCUGCCUCGCUUCUGGCUUUGAACCAACAAUAGGGUCUCUUACGUACGAGUACGCGCAUAAUGGCGUCACCAAGGGUAUCGACAUGACCGCGAUACCGGCCACGUCAUCGCCUUGCUCACCUCCAACGAUGAUACGCGACAGUGGUGCCAUCACUGACCCUACGCCGGCUCCUGUGCCUCACGCCAUCGGGUCUGGCGCCAACGACGUCGCUCCUGCUAUUCGGUCCCCGACCAACGCUUCACCCGAGUUGUCUACGCUGCCGGCUGAGCGAGCCUCCGGGUCAACGCAAGAGCCCUGCCCCGUGCCGUCUCCGCUGCCUCCGACCUUGGCAACUGUCGAUACAACGCGGCACCUACAAGCCAUCGAGAGCGACGCAGCAGCUGUAACCUUCGGCCCUGCCCUGCGCUGCCCGUCCUCCCAUUCGACCGACUUACCACUGGGCCCUUCUGGCCUCCACGCUGCCAAGUCAAACAUUUUCGACUACCCGCACCGGUGCCAUCAUCGAGCGUCGUCCGACGACGCCUUCCUGGCUGUCACGAGCGCCAAUCCCGUCCAAGGCCGUUGA